AUGGCGGCUGUCCAUUUGCUUGCUCUGCUCCUGGCUGUGGCGUGCUCGGGCACUGGCGCUGCCGGCCGCGUUGUUCUGCACGUCGGGACCCGCCAGCUGUCAUCAGCCCGCCACGCGAGGCCGCCGUCUGAUACCUUUGCCUCGUUCGCGGCGCGGCCUGUUUCAUUUUCUGGCGCGCGCGGCCGAGAGGAUCUGCCCCCAGCCUCUUGGCCUCGUCCGCCAGACGGGCAAGGGAGGGAGGUCGCCUGCAGCCCCAGCAGCCAGUCAGGACGGUCUCCUCCCUGCAAGUGGCGCGACCGAAGUCGAGUCGGCGCAUGGCACGUGGCCUCGCGUCCGUUCCCCUCCUUGCCGCUCGCUCCCCCCGUCCGUCCUGAAUGGUUGAGUCAUGGCAUGUUUAGCUUCGUAGAGGGACUGCGAGUUAUCGAAGGCGGCGCAGAUCGCGCUUCUGGGCUCCGACUGUCGGAACGAUCCCGAGCGCAGCCAAAGAGCCUCCAACCCCGACCACGCUCUCUACCGGAGGCUGCACGCCCAUCUUGGCUUUCUGAGGUGCUCCACGCUUGCUCUCCUCACAGCAGUUUCGCAUGUCCGGCUUUCGUGCCAAGCGCGACCGCCUUUUUCUACUGUCGUGCCAACGCGAGUUCCAUCCCCCGCUCCCUCCUGUCCUCCUGCAGGUCGCGCGGAGCCUCGUUUUUGCGCGCUUGUACCUCCCUGCCUUCUGGCGCUUCGCCAAACGAGACUCUUGGGUCCCCACAGUCUCUCUCUGGCUCCUCGGCCGCCCUCCCUCUCGCGCGAAGCUCGGGCCAUGACGACCUCGCACGGCACCCUGCCGCCGUCUACGCGGCACAUUCGCUUCCAGAGUGUGCCGCAACACAAGCACCUCGGCGGUCACUCUCAGCCACGUCCAGCGAGCACGUGAGUCACGUGGAAGAUGAAAACACGGAACGCCAGGAGCUACGUACGGAGGGGUCUUCGGGCGACGCCUCAGAAGGAUCCAGCGCUCUUUACGCUUCCCCCAGAGUAGACCACCGCCACGGGGCGGUCGCGGAGCCUGCCUCGAGGGCGCGGAGCGUUGCAGAGACGGAGGCAACCGAAGGGAGUGGAAACGAUGCGGAAACAGAGGAUGGAGACCUUUCAGAAGGGGAGUUUAGGUCAGGCGACACGGAGGAGGAGGGCGUAGACGUUUCGUUUUUACUGAAACAGGCAGAAGAGCUGCCUCGCGAAGACGUCGAGAACCUGAUUCAGAAUCUACAGGAGAACUUGCCGCAUCUGUUCGAGCCCGUCCACGCAAAGUUUGUGAAAGAAAUGCACCACAGUCUUGCGUCGUCGGCGCAGCUCAGGGACGCACAGAGCACGGCUUCCACGCCCUCGCGGGACACACUACAGAUUUCCGAGGGCGUAGACGUCUCAAGACAGCAACCCGCGACGUCUACGGCGCUUGCCAAAGACAGUGAAGUGGAGGCUUCCGCCGAGUCGACGAAGGCGGACGAGGAGGAGGCGGGUCACGACGGCGACGACACAUCGGAAAGAGAGCAAGAAGAGGCCCCCGGUGUUCCUGAAACCCAGGUCUCGGAUUCCCUUUUCGAUGAUCUGUCCAUUUACAGUGAGCAGGAGCUUCGGCUGAUUCUCAAGCUACUGCUUCAGCAAGCCGAGGAGACAGACAGGGAGGAAGCCUCUCACGAUGCCGCCCCGCCGCCGUCUUCCGGCGGACAUCCCGCCGUGAGGCCCGAUAUGGCUCUGCGACCAUGGGAGUCAGAUGAGGCGGAAGACGCAGACUUGAGUUCCGCCCCAUACACGCCUGCAGUACCCCUAGAGGAGCUCUUGAGGACCCGGGAACCAGUAGGAGACCUGAAGGACAUUCCCCGCUAUACGCUCAUUGAGCUUCUCGAGAAGUUAUCGACCUUUAUUGCAGCCUUGCCUUUUGAUGACUUCCUCAACGCGCCUAGUGCCUUCACAACUGAGCAGCUGCGCGAUGUGGUUGGGCUUGCGCUCGCCCGCAUGCAGCAGGGGACUUACACUGCGGAGGACUCGACAGUAGUGAGACGCAUCGCCAAAUGGAGAGACCGCCGAGAGAAGUAUGCCUACUUCAAAAAAAGAGCCAAUGCUGAGAGCGACAGCUCCGAGGAAGUUGAGGAAGCACGGACUGAUACCGACGACGCAGGCGCCACAGAGGCAACUUGCACUGCACCCCACAACCGCAGGUCAUCUGCUUCUGAGGGAGCCGCAGCUUCUGGCGGCGGAGAGAAUGCCGGAGUGUCGCAGCAAAGGCCCGUCAAGCCGCACGGAACAAGAGGCCAGACGCCCGGCGAAACAGACCCCUUGGAGACUGCGUUUGCAGGUUUGAGCCUCUCUCGUCCGUCGGGGACUCUCGACCUAGAUCAGCUGAGUCGCUUGUCGGUGGCGAUGAGCAAGGGGGUAUACGGCGUGAAGACUUUCGCGCCGCGACCCAAAGAGAAGGCAGCAGACAGUCAGCCGGCGGAAGGACUCGGCGGUGAGGCCGCGGCCGAGGGCGAGGAAGAAAUUGACGUCGCGGAUCUCGACGACUCGUCCUUCGAUGCGACGAUAGGCUCUGGAGGAGAGCCCUCAUCCUGCGACUACAGCGAAGGCUUCCUGGGUUUCGCUGACCAAGCAGAGGUGGACGGGAUGACGCCAGAGGAGCUGACACUCGCAGGCGCGGACGUGUGCGAAAUGGGCACAACAACGCUCAGGAAAAUCUUAGCAAGCGAAGAAAACGCACUCUACCGACCGCGAUACUUGAAGGCUAAAGCCGACAUCGACGCCCUUUCCUGGCGCCAGCUCCGCGACGCGUACACAGAACUCUCACGUCGGGCACGCGGCGAUGAAGAGACAGAUAUUGUUCUGGGAGAGAGGCAGAUCAUCUCCGACGGCGAAGGCGGCGACGAGGAAGCGGGGGCCGCGGAUGAUGCCGGCUCUCCGGGCGCACUGGGCGCGCGUGGCAAGGCGAAGAGACCGCGGAAGAAGCCAAAGCGCCCAGGCGCCGAAGGCGAAGCAGACACCGAGAGGGCGGGCGCGCCUGGCAGUUCGCUGCAGGCGCUCACGUGGACGUUCGAUCCUGACAUCUACACCGAUUCCACAGGCGAGGGCGAGGGGGAGCGACUUCGCAGAGGCCGAGCUGUGGCGACUGCGGCAGGCGGGUGCUUGCGAUACGUCGCGGCGCACAUGAAAAAACCCGAGGGACCUGGAUCUAUGCCGUCUAAUUCAACUCCAACAGACCCCGCGGGGCUUACGAAGCUCCCUUCGCCCGCGCAUGCAUUGGAUUCAAAAUGCGGAGUCAACGCAGAAGGAGAGAGUUCCGGGGAGCAUGGGCCUUCUGAUGGUCCACGUGACGACCAAGUAUCCUCAGCAGCGCCUCCGGUUUCUUCUUCUGCUGGCGAGGAUGAUGACUCGCUCGCCGCCGGCUCUGCGCUCUCUUUGAGUGCCUCUGCGCCGGUUGUCGAGGCGAAGGACCCAGAAGGGGCAAGCGCUGCGGCCGUUCCUUCGGAGGAGGCUUCGAUCUCGCCUCGCGUGGCCAUGCGCUCACGCAGCCCCCCCCCCCCCCUUUCCGCGUCUCCUGGCUUCGCCGCUUUCCGCAGCCUCGGCCUUUCUCCGCGCGUCUCUGCAGCGGCGAGCGCCUGCCUGGGCUUCUCCGCCGCGCCGUCGGCUGUGCAGAGAGUCGCCAUUCCUCGCGUGCUGGAGUUUCUGAGGAACCCAGCAGGAGACCGCCCGCGGGGCGCCGUCGUCAUCGGCGCACAGACCGGGAGCGGGAAGACUCUCGCCUACCUCCUGCCUCUUGUGCACCACCUCAAACUGGAUGAAGACAGGGAAAAACCGGCCGGGGGGCGUGCGACUCCGAGCGGGCGAAGAGCGCACGCCGCCAACAGGGGGGAGGAAACAUCCAGCGACAGCAGUCUCCUCUCGCACGCCUCCGCGCCGACCUCCCUCGUCCCUGCCUGGGAAGAGGGGUUCGAUGAGGACGCGCUUUACGAUAAUGCGCUUCGACUCUUUGAUCAGAAAGAAGCGGGCCGCCCGCGCGCGCUGAUUCUCACGCCCACUUGGGAGCUGUCGGACCAAGUCGUGCGCACCCUGAAGGCACUCACAGCUUCCUCUCCUCUCCCAUCCCUGGCAAGCGACCCGGCGUUCGCUCCAACGGAGUCGGAAGACCAGCACAUGCGCUCGCCGACGGAGGGGCUAGCCGCACCGAGACUUUCUGUCCUCGGCCUGGCGGGGGGUGACUCGCUGGGGCUCCAGCGCCAGCAGCUGCGGGCCCGAACGCGUUUGGACGUGGUCGUGGGGACGCCGCCGCGGAUCCUGAAGCUCGCCGAGUGGGGUCUAUUGAAACUGAAUCGCUUACGGUAUUUGGUGAUUGACGAAGCAGACGCCAUGCUUCUGUCUGAAGGCUUCGACGCCGAGAUCAAAGAGAUCGUCAAGACACUCGACUCAGGCGGCGAGCAGCGUCUCCAGGGGCCUGCGGAGACCCGCAGGCGCCAGGGGGGCUCGGGCCAUGACCCCGAGAACGCCACCAGAAACAAAGGCGGAAGGACAACCGAGGCCGCCCCAAGGGAGUGGGAGAAAGGAAUCGCGAGGAUUCCCGUUAUCGCAGCCGCCGCAACGGUGUCUUCGCGGCUAGGGAGGGCGCUGGAAAACCUCACCGGAGGAGGCGCAGCAGAGCUCCUGGAGGCGCCGGGAAUGCACGUGCCUCCAGACAGCGUUCGCCACGAGAUGAUUGACGUGGGCGGUAGAGACAAACUGGAAGUUUUGCGGGAGCUUCUGCGGUCUCACGAAGGCAUUCGCGCUGCCAGAAAGGUGCUCAUUUUUACCAACAGCAUUCAGGCCUGCCGCGCGUGUGACUUCGCUGCGAGGGACAUUCUCGCACGGAAAUCAGGCAGCAGCGGGAAAGUUUCGAGCUGUCACGGGUCCAUGCCUCCGGCUACUCGCAAAGUGCAAUUCAAGCGUUUCGCCGACGGGACGUGCAAGUUCCUCGUAUGUACGGAUCUGGCGAGCCGCGGGCUCGAUCUACCAGCUGUCGGCGCGGUGAUUCUUUUCGACUUCCCUCUUUCCCCUGUCGAAUACCUGCACAGGACGGGUCGAACUGGGCGCAUGGGGGCGAAGGGCUUGGUCGUCUCCCUCGUGACGAAAAAGGAUCGCGUGCUAGCCACUGCAAUUCAGCGGGCGCUAGAGAAAGGGACCGCGAGUUUGGUGGAGCUUUCGGCAGACAAGGCCGACUACCAGAAGGGCGGCAGACUCCACUUUUUGUCUCAAGCAGGAGGAUACCACGCGAAGGACCGGAAGCUCAGCGAACCCUACAGAGGGCCCAGCAAAGCCAGAAGAUCGGGCUGGAAACCGCCGAAGCCGGCAGGGUGGCAUCAGGAACGGGCUGAGAGCAUGCGCCGUCGCCAGCAGAAGCGCGAGAAGGAGCGAGAUCGGUGGAGAGGAAAAGAGAAACGGAAAAAAGAAGAACAACGGCAACGAUCGAAGCGCGGCGCGGUGAUUGCUGCGGCCAAGCGGAAGCUGUCGUGA